AUGGCUUACAAUGGUUUUCCCAACAGUCCCCCUUACUCGCAGUUUGGAACUAUGAACCAUGUCAACCCAAAUGAAAACCGUGCCUCGUCUUACACCCCGCCUUACCCUUCGCAAUAUGGGCCCGAGCAGAUCAAUAUGCCUCAGCCCCAAGCCCCUCCGACAUCCUCUUCCCCGGCGGGUUACUAUCCGAAGCCUUCUUAUGAAUCAGCUCCAUGGCAGCAGCAGCAGCAACAACCGCAUACUGGAAGGAUCAACGAGGCUGUGAAUUCAGCCUUCCAUCAGGCUGACAAGCCAGACUACCUGUCUCCGGAGGUCGUUUCCCAGAUAACUGCGACAGUGAUACAACAGCUGAAGGCGACGGGAUUGGACAACUUGCAAAACGAUCAAGUGCCGUCGUCACAGCCCCCGCCACAAUGGGCUCCUCCAGGCUCUACAUAUGGCGAACCGAUGCACUCCCCCGUGAGGCCCCAAAACACCCCUCCUCCACCGCCUAAAAUUCCCCCGGGAGAAACGGACUAUCAGGCACCUGUGCCGCCCCCCGUACAUCCCAGCAGCCCCCAUUUAUUUCCCGGAUCAUCCUUGGGACAGUCAGCGGAGAGGCACGGGUCACCAGCAAGCCAGCUCAGCCAUCAGAGCCAGAAUAUGGAGUCUCGACCAAAGCCACCAUCAAGGGAAGAUACAGUAACGGAGAUGACAACGCUGGAAAAGAUCUGGGGCAAGCUCUUCGAAGACGGGAAGCCAACAGAAAGGCUUGGCCAGUUCUUGCGAGGGGUCGCAGUCCACCUUAUUGAGGACUAUCCGCCGGGAAACACUCUGGUCGUAGUUCCGGGAAAAUUGCAAAAGUUUUAUGAAGAUACAAGUGUGUCAUCAGAUCUUUACCCUUGGCAAGACAUUUUUGACGAUCAAACCUCAUCAAUAUCGAGAUUGUUCCGAGAGCUAGAAGCAGAGCACCAUCUUGUGCAAGAAAGGUUGAGCGAGCGACCUGACACCCCAGGCCUGACUCCCCGCGGCUUCGAGCGUUGGGCAACCUUGAUGAUCCAGGCCCAUCCCGAGAAAGAGUACGAGCGCUUCCAAAAAGCGGUGUUGAACAUGCCCAUCAGCAACCCCGACAAAAGGAGCGAAAGGUUUCCCAAGGAGAUACCCCGGCGAUUGUUCCCUGACACGCCCAAUCUCUCAUUGAGGGAAGAGAUUGAUCAACACAUCAUCAAACAUUGUGCCGUUGACUUGCCUCCGAUCACCAAGGAGGAAUUGAAACAGGCCGCUGCACAACGCCACAGAGAAGCUGCACACAAGGCAUCGGUGAGCUCUGUUGACUCGACUCCUUCGGUGGGAGAGCGCGAACGUCAGCCCUACCAUAGUACAUCCUCUUCUGCUGUCGUCGACGACGACGACGACACAGAGGCGCCGUCACGUCCCAUUGAACGCCAGAGGAAACCGUACACGGCGCAGCCUGGAGGCGGCAAAGUCUAUGAGGAGCCUGGUACGCCCAGCCAUCGACAUGCCAACUCGAUGUCCGCAGGCGCUGGCCCUCGGGAUGGACCGACUACGAUGGGACCACGAACUUCCGAGGCAUACAGCCAGGAUCCUUACUACCCUCGUACAGGCACCAGUAACUCGCAGCGUCCCGCGACUACUUACAGACGAUCACCCAGUCCCUCACGGGGAGGUCAUGCAGGUGGUGACUACAGACACUCCGAGAGCGAUCUCCUAGGCCACGGCGGUAGCUCUCGGUAUCAGGGGGUCUCAGACGGUGACUAUUACUACACUUCCACUGCAUCUACCCUUCCGGGCGACAUUAUCGAAGACCGGCGCAGGUAUCACGACCUUGGCCAUGACCAUGAUGACCCAAGGCUAUACGACUCGCUUCGUGACCGAGACAACGAGCGAGAAAAGCUCAAACGAAGCAGUUGGGGCGGUGCCGAGGACUACUAUCGCGGGGCCACCGGCUACGAAUACAAGCCAUAUGGUUAUAGGUGA